AGGCAGCAUUUUUAGAACAUACAUGUGUGUUUACUUAGUGAUCACAACACAUUGUUUAAUCUCGUACCAUAUAUAAAGUUUUGCCAUGAUUUUGAAAGUUCAGUUUACUGCGGAGGCCUUGCCCUGCAGUCGCAUUCCGCUAGUGUUUUCUACUGAAAACCACCGAGUUAUCAAGGAAAAAACUAACCGCCGCCCCCACUAAGUGCCGCUCCAUCCCCAAAUUUAAACAAACAAACAAAACCAGUCCCGCUUGCUUCCACACGAAAGUUCAAUCACAGUUGACGUAUACAUAGAAUGGUAGAAGGUGAACCCCCUUUAAAACACAAGGAAAAUUGUGAUGUAAAUGAUAAGCGCACCCUAAACGGCUGUGGAUCCAAAGAUCUCGACCUUACAACACAACCUGUUACCAAAUCUGAUUGGUCAAAGGUUUUAACUGAUGUAGAAAGAGGAAGCAGCGAUAAAGCUGAUUUUGAACGAGCAAUAGAACUAACCCAAUAUGGCAAAUUCCACUAUCUACUACUAGCAAUAUGUGGGUUUGUGAGCACCUCGGAGGAGAUGGACGUCAUCUCGAUGUCGUUCAUUCUCCCUUCCGCCCAAUGCGAUCUGGACCUGAAUACCCAGAGCAAAGGCUGGCUGAAUUCCAUCAUCUUCAUUGGGAUGAUGGCAGGAGCCUACACCUGGGGUUCAGUGGCAGACUCGAUUGGACGUAAGAAGGUUCUUAUUGCAAGCAGUUUCAUGAAUGCUCUAUGCAUAGUGGCUUCAAGUUUUAGCCAAUCCUAUGAGUGGUUCAUGUUAUUUAGAUUUUUGAAUGGAGCGGCAUUGGGGGGCAGCGGUCCAGUAAUCUGGCCAUACUUCGCAGAAUUUCAACCAAAAUCAAAACGAGGGUCCAUGUUAAGUUUUAUGGCGGCUUUCUGGACACUUGGCAACUUAUUCGUGGCUGGUCUAGCCUGGUUAAUAAUUCCAGCCAAAAUCGGAGUAACCACUCCGUACUUUGUAUACAAUUCCUGGAGAAUAUUUCUCAUCGUGAUGGCGCUGCCAUCAUUUGUUGUCGCAAUACUUUUGUGCUUCUUACCAGAGAGCCCCAAGUUUUUAUUAACCAGGGGUAAAAGUGAAGAAGCGAUUGAGAUCUUCAAACAUAUUUAUCAUGUAAAUACCGGUAACAACGCAGAAGAUUAUCCCGUAAAACAUUUGAUCCUGGAAGAGGAAUAUCAGAGAGCUUUGGAUGAAAAGUCUUUACAAGUUAAGAAGAGCAAGUUUAGCGGUAUGAUAUCUAACAUCAUGGAUAAUAGCAAGCAGCUGUUUGUCACUCCCAUUUUGAAAUUUACCAUGAUUUCAAUUACUAUUAACUUCACUUUUCAUAUCGGUUACUAUGGCUUAAUGAUGUGGUUCCCUGAGCUAUUUAACCGAUUUGAUGAGUUCAGCCAUCUGAGACCAAACGAAACAGCAUCCGUUUGUCAAGUUACUAAUUUUGUGGUGAACAUGGGAAGCCAGCAAGAUGGAGCUGUUUGUAAUGAUAAAAUAAGUCAAUCCGUAUUCAUGGAGUCUUUAAUUACUGUAGCAGCUGCUUUGCCUAGUAACAUUAUAGCUGUCCUAGGGAUGGACAGACUUGGAAGGAAGUUUUUCUUAGUAUUCAGUACUUUAUCAUCUGGUACAUGCGCAGCUUCCAUGUAUUUCGUUUACAACAAAACUCAGAACCUUAUAGUAUCAGCUACUUUUAGCAGUGUCAUAUCAUGUGGUAACGCCGCUUUGGACUGUUUAAUCACAGAAAUAUUUCCAACAAACCUCAGGGCUACUGGUAUAGCUAUAUCAAUGGUUGCUGCAAGAUUAGGUGGAAUUAUUGGUAAUAUUGUAAUUGCAACCCUUCUUGAUAUGUACUGCCCUGCACCCACAUUUAUCGUAGCUGCCCUACUAAUAAGUGGAGGGUUGUUGUGCCUACUGUUACCAAAUACUACGAAGGAACCUCUUCAUUAACAAUAUUUUAUAUACAUUCGAUAAGGUUUAGUUUUACUAACUUUUUUCUCGAUAAUUGAACUUUUAUUGUACCAUAAACCAAAAUCACAGUUUUAAAAAUGUAUUAUUAAAAACAUAGGAUGUUUUAAGCAAUAUUUAAUAUACUAAACUAUAGUAUAAUUGUAUUAGAAUUUUAUUUUACUCAAAUUUCUAUUUUAUCUUAUCUGGGUAGUUAACUACUUUAGAUGAUAUAUAAUGUAAUAUAUAUUUUUGCGAAUUCA